GUCAAAUAGAGCGCAAGGGUGUUUCGCGUCACUUGUUUUCGUGAAAAUCCUAAAAAUUCCAAUAAUUAAGCACAUUAAGCCCAGGCCGCAAGCUUAAAUAAUCGAAAAAUAUGUAUUUAAAAUAAAAAUGAAUUAUAUUAUCCAAUUGGAAAGAAAUUUACGAUAUAAAACAUAAAAUAAAUGUAAGAAAAUUGAUCUGAGAAAAGUGUUUUAUUGCCACAACUUGGAAUUUUCGGAAGUAAACAAAGUGUAAAAGAAACGCAGAAAAUGCGAAAAUGUCAGUAAUUGAAGAUAAUAAAAACCAAAACGAAAAUGUGAAAAGGAAAUUAAAUUAUGUUUGCGGAAAAGAAUACGCUACAAUUGCAAUACACCUAUAACAACAAAAAUAUGAUGUUGAAGAAAAUUACAGUGCAAGUGUCUGUUGUGUCUGGAUAAAACUAAAUAUACAACAAGAAAGAAAAGUGUUGUUUCUGUCUGUCUGUCCAUUGAGUGAAAGAAAAUAACUUCAAAAGUUACAUUUCAAACGAAAAAAAGUUGUCUAAGAAAACAACAAGAAUAACUACGUACGUUACUCUCAUUUACUCCAAAUGUGGAUUACGGAUUACUUUUUGCCGAGUUCCAGUUUUUAAAUCAAAAAUCUAUCGCUGCUGAGACACAAGGGCACCGAAGAAGUGCGACAAUAGAAGCACAUCUUGAUGAUGAUGCUGAUGAUCAAGAGCAGCAGCAGCAGCAGCAGCAACAGCAAAUAAAAAUACAAUAAAAAUAAAAAUGUGUGAAAGUCAAACAACCAAUCAAAAGAAUUAAAACAAACGGAUUCCAGAUACGAAAUCAUCAACAACAAGAAAAAGAAAAAGAAUUCAAAAAUAAUCGCUUAAUUAAAUUUUUUUGAUAUAUAAAAUCAACAAAAUAAUUAUAAUAAUAACAAAAGAAGAAGAAAGCCAGCCAGCAAGUCCAAAAAAAUCCACAAAGAAAGAAGUGAUGUGAUUCGAUCGAUCAAAGAGCAUCAUCGUUACAAAUCUGUUAAGUCAUUUUGAAAAUCCGUUAAAAAAUAUUCCACUUACCACGGAGAGAUGUGUUGGUGAGCUGGCCUCCUUAUAAGUGAUUGAUAUAAAAAAGAUUGAUUGUAUUCGGUGGUUAUACGAAAGAGUUUCGAUUGUAUUUUCUUUUUUUAAUGUUUAUUUGUUUUUUGGAGAAAUUUGUCAAAUUUGGCAUACAAAAUUAAAAGAAAAUUCAAAUUUCAAAAUUUCUAAAAAAAGUGUUAUACAUAAUUUUCCUUCCCCCUCCUUUGGCCGUUCUUUAAGAAAAAUUACAAAAAAAAAAAUCCUUAACAACUUACUUAAAGUGCGUUCGGUAGUUGCCUCAAUUUCGGUUUUAUUGUUCUUCAAUUCGUAUAACUGCAUCGUUUUUCUCGGUUUUCUAAAACGGUAAUGUUCGAGCAAAAGACAAACGCGCUGGUACGCGUUUAUCAACGGUGAUAAUAAUGAAUUUGAAUCAACACAGUGGUCCUGGUCCGCCGUCUAUUGCCACGUCAGCCAUAACAUCGUCUUUUUCGCCGUCGUCGUCGUCGUCAUCAUCAAACCUAAAGCCAAAACAAAUGCAAUCAAUGAAGAAAACCAUACAAGUGUCAAAUCCCCCCAAGGUGAAUGUCGCCAAUAGCAUUAAGGCUGCAACAACAACAACAGCAUCAACAAAGUUGACUACAACCACAAAUGACAAUAAAUUAAUUUCGUACGAUCAAGUUGAUAGUGCCAAAAAAUCAACAACUCCAAGUUUUAAAUCUAUAACAACAAGUACUUCCAACAACAACAACAACACAUUCUCGUCCUCCUCCUCCAACACAAACAGUGGUCAAACAACCGUACCCACAAUAAUGUGUGCUUAUGUUACAACAAAUAUGACCACCACCUCCUCGCCCACACAAAAUGGUAGCAGUAGUUGUAGCGGUGCUACAGUAGUCGCAGCAGCUGUUGAAAAUUCCCGCACCCAAAAUGGUGGUGAUGUCCUUUACAAUGGCAGUGCCAUUACAGCAAAUGGUUGUUCUACAACAACAACAACCGCCUCAAUGAGUGGUAUACAACCGCCACCCGUGUCGCGUACAAUAUCCUCGGAUCGUUUGGUUACCGGUCCAUCGUGCAAGGCCUUACGUACGGCCGUAUCGGCCCUAUAUUCAGUGGAUGAUUUUGUUAAGGAGAAAAUCGGUUCGGGAUUCUUUUCAGAAGUUUAUAAGGUCACUCAUCGUUCGACGGGUGAAGUUAUGGUUUUAAAAAUGAAUCAAUUGCGCGCCAAUCGACCAAAUAUGCUGAGAGAAGUACAACUGCUUAACAAAUUGUCACAUCCAAAUGUAUUAAGUUUUAUGGGAGUCUGUGUACAAGAAGGACAACUACAUGCCUUGACCGAAUACAUAAAUGGUGGUUCAUUGGAACAGCUUUUGGCAAAUAAAGAAGUCGUUUUAACGGCUGCAGCAAAAAUAAGACUGGCAUUGGGUGUCGCAUGUGGUAUGGCCUACGUUCAUGAUGCAGGCAUAUUCCAUCGAGACCUAACGAGCAAAAAUGUUUUAAUACGAAAUUUACCCGGUGGACGUUUUGAGUCUGUCGUUGGAGAUUUUGGUUUGGCUACCAAAAUUCCUGAUAAAAAGGUCAAAACCCGUUUGGACUAUGUUGGCUCGCCCUAUUGGGUCAGUCCUGAAUGCCUAAAAAAUCAAUUUUAUGACGAACGCAGCGAUGUUUUCUCAUUUGGUAUUAUCUGUUGUGAAAUCAUAGCAAGGAUUGAAGCUGACCCUGAUAUUAUGCCACGUAGUGAUUCAUUCGGUUUGGACUAUUUGGCAUUUGUUGAUUUGUGUCCUAUGGAUACACCACCUGUAUUUUUAAGACUGGCUUUUUAUUGUUGUAUAUACGAUCCCAAAAGUAGGCCUACGUUUCAUGAUGCUUCAAAGAAACUUACUUUACUUUUGGAAAAAUACGAGCAUGAUCCCAAUUCAGGAAGUGCCACAAAUGGGGCCACAUCAUCUUCCUCAUCCACAAUCAGUGCCAGUUCAAGUCCCUUGAGUUCCUUGGAUAUGACUUGUUCGCCUAACGGUAGCGAUGCGGAAAAUAUUUGUCAAGCGAAUACCCAUAAAAAUGGUUGUACUCGUCAUUUGUCAACAAAGAAAUUAACUACCCCCAGUACAACAGUCACCACUACACCGUGUAUCAAAACAGCUCCGGCUGGUCAAGUAACGCCGCGUCACAUGAAGGAAGUAAACGAGAAUGGUUUCCUUUUCCCCGACCAAGUAAAUCGCAGCAACUCAAUAACGAAUGGAUCGCCCCUACAAUUGGAUGUCGAUGACAACUGUAGCACCAAGAACCGUGUUAAGAGAGCCACCAAACGGUAUGAAGCUGCAGCUGAAUUGCUAAUGCAGCAACAUCGCCGUUCUCUGAGUGAGAAUAUUAUACACUUUCCCUUACAUACCACCCCCAGCGACAAAGCUCGUUGCCAUCAAAUGAAUCGCCAACGAUCUUCCACUCAUUCACCAACCCCACCGCCCUUUGGAGGUUCACCCAGUGCCACUGCUGCCAGUGCUGCACACACACAGGCACGUGAGUCACCACCACCGGUGCUAACCCUUAGGAAGGUGGCCGAGACAAUGUGUCUCAAAGAUGCACUCUACAAACCCAUACGUUCCGAUCACAAUGGCGUCAAAUCUAAUCCUUUCACAGCUUUAGCCCAAUUGAGAAGAGUGAAGAAGGUAUUGGGAGCCAAUCCAAAAACCUAUGCUGCAGGUGUGGGAGACUUGUUUAGUUCGUGUUUCGAAAUGUGUGCUCCAUUCUUUAAGGAGAUGGCUGCAUUGCAGCAAAAACCAGCCAAUGGUGUGACAGAUGAAAAUGGUGGUAAAACUGGUACGUCAACAACGACUGCGGCUUCAGCAACAUCACCUAACGAACCAAAGAGUCUACCAACAUCCCCGCAGUUGUCACGCAAGUACAGUGCAAUUGAACUUAAACUGUCACCAACACUACCGCUCCCACGGUGUUGUACUAAUGAAGUAGACGAUGAUGAUUGCGUGGACGACUCGGAUGCCGAGCAAGAUGCUGAUGGUGGUGGCAACUGUGCCGAUGCUGAAUCCAGCAGUGAUGAUUCAGCUGAGCGACCUGCACCCAAUCCAGUUGCACGCAAAUAUAGGGCCAAUUCCCUUUUUACACACCCCUUAUUUCGUGGCAAUGGUAGCACUAAAACCUCCGAAGAUCAAUGUUCGGCAAUUGCCGCUCUGGCUGCACAAACUGCUGCAGCAUCAACGGCAACGGUAGCUAUGGAAGACUGUAACUCGUCCGAGGAUGGAUGUGAUGGUAGUGCUCUCAAACCCUCCAAGGACUUGCCCAUCUCCGCAUCAACACCUUCGCCACCUACACCACCAGCGCCCACGUCAGCACCCAUGGUUGCCACACCCGCCUCUUUAUCUUCUUGCACAGAUUUCGAUUUGAAUGACAUAAAACCCAGUGAUUUUUUGCCCACAAAGAGUUCACUGACACGCCGCGACUCUAUAGAGAGUGGGUUCUAUUCAUGUUUCAAUGAGGAAUCGGAUGCUGCUACAACGUUCCGUCAAUUCAAUGGUGCCGGUGUAUCUUCAUUAGGUUUGGGUUGUGGUGGUGGCAGCAGUUGUUGCUUCGAACAGCUUAAAUCACAACUUAUGUUGGAUGUAGGUGCCAAUGGGGAAUUAAGCGACAAAUUGGCCAGUUUAUGUCGCUGUUGCUAUUACAGUUCUGCGUCACAAAAUGGUGGAGGCCAUCAUCAGUUCCUCAAUGAUUCCUCCUCCACCUCUUCGUCGGUGCUGCUAAUCGAUGAGCCUACCACAAGUAGUGGUGGUAUAAAUACUUCUUCCAGUGCAGCGGCUUUACGUUCAUUCGAUGAUUUGGAGCUACCAGAUGCAACACGCAAUCAUCGGCGCUAUACCUGUCAUCACCAUUUGCUAGGUGCUGGCAAUCAAAACGAUAGCAACUUUGCAGCAACUGCUGGUCUUAUCAAUCGUUUGGCAUUGGAUUCAGAAAUCCAUUCGUUGAUGCAGCGCAGUCCCUUUGCCACUAAUCAAUUGUUGUAUUGCAAAAAUCGUACCUCCUCCAUAUACACUGAUAGUUCGGAUGAUAUUAGCAGCUUGGCAGGUUCCGAUUCAUUGCUAUGGGAUGAAAGAUCAUUUGCCUAUCCGCCUAGCACACGUUCAGCACAAAUUGCCAAAAUUGUUGAGUAUUUCGAGAGAAAGCGGCAAGUACCUGACACUUUGCCACCACCACGUGGCAGUAUGAGCAGUGGUGGUGCUGUCGGAGGUAAUAGUGCCACAGGUGGUAGUGGCUCAACUUCUUCCUCCUCUUCUAUGGCAGCAGCUGUGGCCGCCUCAGCUUUAGGUUCCUCAUAUUUGUCAUAUGAAACGAGACGUUAUUCAGAUUUCAAACGUCAUGCAGCUAUCAAUUCCGACUAUGAGGCGUUUUGUUUCGAUUUGGAUAAGAAGCCAUCACAGGCCCGCUUAAUGGUGUGCGAGGGUGCGGUUAAAUCAAAAUUACAAAUUUUCGAUAAACUAAAACAGCAACAGGUAAAUUGUGCAGCAACAACAACGAAUUCAACGAACAAUUGCAGUAAUGCCUCGGCUCCAGUUUCAACAAAUGGUGGUACAUCAAUAAAUAGCAAUGCAACCGUUACAUCAGUGGGGACAACAUCAACAUUAGCGACUACAACGUCUAUGACAGCAUCGACUGGUUCUAUAACACCAACCCAAACUCCUACAAGUACAACGAUAGCAAUAUGUUCACAAAUCAACAGUGCUGGUUAAUCGAUAAUUACAUCCUCCAACAUAUGUUAUUUCAAAUUUAGCUUGCCUUGAACUAUCCCCAACUUAUUCUUCUAACUACUUUCCUUUCUAGAGUUAAUCCUGGAUCUUAUUCUUUAUAUGCUAAAUUGGUAUUGUAUCCCUGUUUCCUAUUUCUUUCUGCUUUCUGGUACUAUAAAUCCAAAUAUACAAUGAAUUAUUUUUUAAGUUAAUAAAUAAAAUAAAAGAUUUUUGUUAUUAAUUCUUUAUAAAAAAAUUCCUUAUUAUUUUUACACAACUAUACAAUAUGAAAAAUGUGUGCGUGCUGAUUUUUAAUGUAUUUCAUCAAACAAAAAAGAGAGACAAGAAAUUCUGAUUAUUUUAUUUUUUGUUAUAAUAUGCUUCACCUUUAUUUUUGGAAGAAAAAUUCCCUUUAAUUUAUAAAUUAUUUAUUAUAUUUUUUGGAAAUUAAACGAAAAUAAGUUCAAUACAAAUCAUGUGAACAACAAUAUCAAUGGCUACUAUUUGUUUAUUUAUUUAAGAUGGGUCAGAAACAAAAACUAUUGUGACAUUUCAAAACUGCAGAUGUAGAUAGUUUUCAAUUU